AUGACCGCGUGGAACCUGCGUCGCCGUGCCAUACGCGCCUUUCGCGCCCUAACAGGAGAAGGGAGGUUCCAGGCUGUUCUGGGAUUAAUCUCACUGAGGAUUGCGCCCUGGGACCAUGCCUGUAACAACUCCAGGAAUCCAGGUGGAGAUAUCCUCAACCUGAAGGUGCUUCAGGGCCAUUGUCAGCCAGUGGUGGACUCUGAAGAACCAUCCUUGAGGGAGGAGGCCCACAGAAGUGUUCUCGGUCAGAUCCAGGCUGCCCUGGGCCCCUUGAGGAAAGGUCCAGGCUGCUGGAUUCAGCAGGGCCUAGGGCCCCUGCCAAACCUGUUGAAUGAAUCCCCAGAGUGCUACCUGGCCUUCACUGCUGCCGGGCCUGCCUUGCACAAGCCCAUGCAGGCGGAGCCCAGACACUCUGGAGCCCGCCCGCACCGCUUCCCGCCCUGCUCAGCUCCCUGCUCCGGUUCAGCGCGGCCCUCGAGCGCCGCCUGGUGGAGACGUGAGGACGGCCUCCUGGCCUGCCGCUUCCGGACGGAACGCUUAACGGCUGAACAGAUCAAGGAGUACAAGGGAGUCUUUGAGAUGUUUGAUGAGGAAGGCAAUGGUGAAGUGAAGACAGGCGAGCUGGAGCGACUCAUGAGCCUGCUGGGCAUCAAUCCCACCAAGAGCGAGCUGACCUCCAUGGCCAAGGAUGUGGACAGAGACAAUAAAGGGUUCUUCAACUGUGAUGGCUUCCUGGCGCUGAUGGGCAUUUACCAUGAGAAAGCCCAGAACCAGGAGGGCGAGUUGAGGGCGGCCUUCCAAGUCUUUGACAAAGAGGGCAAGGGCUACAUUGACUGGAACACACUCAAAUAUGUGAUGAUGAAUGCAGGUGAGCCCCUCAAUGAGGUGGAGGCCGAGCAGAUGAUGAAGGAGGCAGACAAGGAUGGGGAUGGGACCAUCGACUACGAGGAGUUCGUGGCCAUGAUGACCGGAGAGUCCUUCAAGCUGGUCCAGUAG